AUGCCUUCCAAGUCCAUCUUCACAUCUCUCCUCGCCAUCGCUCCCCUGGCCCUCGCCCAAAACCCAUCAUGCGACUGCUACAUGACAGAAGGCCAAUACUACAAAGACCACAGCUUCUUUGACUUCCGCUCCCUCUCCCAACACGCCGGCGUUCCUGCCCUGAUCGACUCGAUCCAGGGCAACGCCGAAGCGGGCUUCACAUCCGAUUUCUUCAACUGGGAGUCCGACUUCUCCAAGACAUGGGGUGCUCAGAAGUGGAACAACGGAAACGAAGAGUUUCCUAUGCAAAACACGUAUAACAACUUGUACAUCGAGGAGAACAAUGAUGAGUCUCCUGCGAGUGAUACUUGGUUGACUAUGCGAACUGCGAGACACAAUGGAUUCCAGACUGCGUCCGAGUUUGAGUCUAUGGUGAAGCAUCAGUAUGUUUCGCUGCGCAUGUAUGCUCGUACCAAGGGUUCGCCUGGUGCUUGCACAGCUAUGUUUACGUAUCGCGCUGGCGAAGACCUCGCAUCUGUCCAAGAAGCCGACAUCGAGGUCCUCACCAAGGAUCCUCCCAACGUUAUCCACUACACCAACCAGCCCUCAUACACCUCUGAAGGCGGCGAAGUUGACGGCGCUCACCUCGGCGCUGCCCUCCCUGAUGGUAUUACAUGGUCUACCUGGGCCAAGCACACACUUGACUGGACACCCGACACGACAAUCUGGAGAGUCAACGACAAGGAGCUCUGGCGCAACUCGUUCCAGGUGCCCCGGGACCCUGCGACGCUUAGCUUCAAUGCUUGGAGCAACGGCGACACCUGGACUGGUACUAUUCCCGAGGGCGGUGCUGCGUACCAGCAGAUCCAGUGGAUUGAGCUUCUGAGCGGACGCACUGACGGUGCUACUUGCUCGAGCGUUUGCAGCGUUGACAAGGGCGAGCCUGGUAAGGCUGUGCAGGUUUAG